AGUGCAGAGUAUAGGACGUAGGAGAAGACUAUCAUUAGGAGACAAGGAUUUAGGAGACACCGACGGGAUUUUGCAAAGUGAUGCAACUUAUUUUUGAGUUUUUCUUCAACAUCUUUUUGGGAAUAUCUUGGGAACAUCCACUUAGAAGCUGAAAGCAAACUUGUGAGAGGAAAUGGCACAUUUACACCUGAGAUGCCUCUUGGCUUUGACCUUAUUGCACGUAGUUUGGACCUCUGGUGUGUUUGAGCUGAAGAUUAACUCCUUCCACACUGCGCAGCGCAUCUGCAGGAGACACAGAGACUGUCACAUCUUCUUCAGGAUCUGCCUGAAACACCCGGAGGAUGUGAUCUCUGCAGAGCCGCCGUGCACCUUUGGCACCGGACACACCAACGUGAUCAGAGCCGAUCACACCUCCAUCUCCAGCAGCGCGCCCAUCAGGGUGCCUUUCCACUUCAAGUGGCCGGGAACGUUUUCUUUGAUCAUUGAAGCCUGGAACGCUGAAUCUCCCACUGAAUACACAGACAACCAGAACAACCUGGUGAGCCGCCUGGCGACCAGGAGGAGACUCUCCAUCGGUGAGGACUGGUCUCAGGACGUGCACUUUGGCGAGCAGAGCGAGCUGCGUUACUCCUACCACGUCUUCUGCGACGAGUACUACUUUGGAGACGGCUGCGCUGAAUACUGCAGGCCGAGAGACGACACGCUGGGACACUACACCUGCGACGAGGAGGGCAACCGCAUCUGCCUGGAGGGAUGGAAGGGAAACUACUGCUCUGAGUCCAUCUGCUCGGCGGACUGCAGCGAGAAGCAUGGCUACUGCGAGGCCCCAGGGGGCUGUACGUGUCGCAUGGGCUGGCAGGGCCCCUCCUGUAAUGAAUGCGUGCGCUACCCAGGCUGCCUCCACGGGACGUGCAGCCAGCCGUGGCAGUGUAACUGUCAGGAGGGCUGGGGGGGCCUCUUCUGCGACCAGGACCUCAACUACUGCACCAACCACAAGCCAUGCACCCACGGGGCCACCUGCACCAACACGGGCCAGGGCAGCUACACCUGCACCUGCCGGCCCGGCUUCGGAGGCACCAACUGUGAGCUGGAAACCAACGAGUGUGACAGCAACCCCUGCAAGAACGGAGGCAGCUGCAAUGACCUGGAGAACGACUACUCGUGUACCUGCCCACAGGGAUUCUACGGGAAGAACUGCGAGAUCAUCGCCAUGACGUGCGCAGACGGUCCCUGCUUCAACGGCGGCACCUGUGUGGAGGCGAUGACUGGAGGCUACACCUGCCGCUGCCCUCCCAGCUACACCGGCUCCAACUGUGAGAAGAAGCUGGACCGCUGCAGCAACAGGCCCUGUCUGAACGGUGGUGAGUGUCUGGACCUCGGCCAGAGCGUCUUGUGCCGCUGUCAGGCGGGCUUCACCGGUGCCAACUGCCAGGUCAACAUUGACGACUGUGCCUCGACCCCCUGCCAGAAUGCAGGAACCUGCCAAGACGGCGUGAAUGACUACACCUGCUCCUGCACCCUGGGGUACACCGGCAAGAACUGCAGCGUGCGCUCAGAUGCCUGUGGCGCCCGCCCAUGCCAAAACGGUGGCACUUGCUUCACCCACUUCACCGGGCCAGUGUGCCAGUGCCCUAAAGGCUUUAUGGGCCCGAGCUGCGAGUUCACGCUCCAGCCCAGUUUCAAGCCGGCUUUGCGCCAAACCUCCGAGCCCUCCUCCGCCACCCUCACCAUCUCCUGCAUUCUGGCCGUCCUGGUGCUGGUUCUGGUGGCGGGUAUUAUCUUCUUGAGGAGGAGAAGGAGACUGCAGGGAAGGAAGCAGCUGAACGACAGCGCAGUGUACAAUGAUUUAGAUACGGUCAACAACCAGGGAGGAAGCGAAAGGGAAGCCUUCCUCAGUCCUAACGGCUUGUUCAAGAUCAGCAACGGCACGGCUCGCCUCAGCCUCUCCCUCUGCCCGGACGGAAGAUCUGGGUACAGGCACAGUCCUGUGGAGAGCAGCCUGGCCCGAGGCGAGCGCCAGGACUUUAUGUGGAGGGACGAGGCCGGCCUGGGCUCUGGGGCAGGGCUGAGAUGAAACAUGGACGUCCACACAGGGGUAAAGGAAUAUCAGCACUUGUUGCUCCUCUCUCUUCAUGCACAGUGAAGAACGGAGCAAAUCCAUGAAAACCACUCUGCUUAUGCAGAAGAUAAUGUACCAUUAAAAAUGUAAGCAUAAGAAACAAAAUAUUGACAAAUGAACUAUUCUGAUGAAGAUGAUUUACAAAGAUUAUUUAAAAAUGUAUAUGGGGCGAAGCUCUUCCACGUUUUAGACCCAAAGAAACAAAUAAUACGAUCCACUUUUCAUAGGACCUACAACACAAACCAAAUACAGGAAGUCACAAAACCACCUUUGGAAAAGCUGCCCAAAAAAAAAAAAUGUUUUGUUGGGUUAUUGUUUUUAAUAUGUUCACUUUGUAUGAUUGUUAUCAUUUUUUUUAUUUUUGUUUUGCUUUUCAAUCUUCCUUUGGACAUUAUUUCCUUAUUGUGCGUACCAUCAUUUUUAUUCUUUAUAUUAUUUAUUUAUUUGAAAACUUAUGUUUAUUGCUUCACCUGGAUUGUCACAGAUGUAGAGAUAUAUUUAUAUGAUGCUGAAUGAAGAACCGACGCUUGAUGUUUUAUGGGCUGUGAAGGCUGUGUGAAAUAUCCCAAAGAUAUUCAGUGCAGGGAUAUAAAAGAAAAUGUGCUUUAUCACACAAAGUCAGCUGUUACUGUAAUUUAUAUUUAUAUACUACUGAUCACAUUGCUCUUUUCGUGUGCCAUUUUGUGUUCAUGCCAAAGUUUUGUUAUGUUACCUUCAUAUUAUUUAAUUUCAUCAUGUUGUUGUUGUGAUGUGGAAUAAAAUAUUCGCUUUGAUGUGA